AUACUUAUCUUUAUGUUUUGUCAUUUGCGUACUGCAUAAAAAAGCAAAAACAUAGUUUACCUAAUUCAGUUAUCAAUUAGCAAACCGCUGACUAAUUGCAAACUCCGGCAUUUCAGUGUUUUAAAAAUUGUAUACGCCCUUGGACGUCCAACACUCGUUACGCUGACAAUUUUUCACUCUGUGAAUUCAUUUAGUAAUAUUUUAAAUGGAGUCAAAAAUGGAUAUUGUGUAUAUUACAAAUGUGGACAAUGCAAUUCAGAAUAAUGAUAAUAAUUUAUUACAACGUCAAAAAGCUUUGGAAGAAGUAAAACAAGCAACUAGGAUGGUUCACUGUUCUAACUUGUAUAUUUUUUCGUUUAAUAUCAAUUUUAGUUUGAAAUCUUUGAAAAUUUGGAUUUGGAAGAAAAUGAAGAAUUAAAAAUAUUUCAUUAUGCAGAUGUAGUUAUCGUUGAUCUGUCAAUAAAUAUUCAACAUAGCUCUUUGUUUUAUUAUUUGGGCUGUCGCCAAAAUAUUGGAAUGAAUCAAAACAUAAUUUUAUGUAAUAAUUUAGAUGAUGAAGUUACAUUACGUCAGAAGUUGCCUUGGGAUGAUUCUAUUAUAUUUAUUCCAUAUAAAUUAGACGAAUGUGGUAUAUGUCUAAUAGGUACUAAUUCUUCAUGUCUUGGCUAUGACAGAUCAUCUGCUACUGAAUCUACAAAAAUAGUUGCGUUAAUAUUAGAAGAAUUGUUAAAAAAUUUUAAAAUUCAACCCAAAGUUUACAUUAAAGAGAAAUUUUUAUCAGACUUAAGAACAGUUGUAAAAACUUACUCUGGGGAAAUGUUAUGCAAAAAAUUGCUCAUAAUGAAAAAAUAUCUAAAAGAUCCAUAUGUACUUACUGUUGAUACAUUGUACAACUUGAUGGAAGCAUUUUGUAAUGUUCAGGACUAUGAUGGAGUGAUUCAACUUGUUGAAGACGUACAAGCUAUUAAUGAUAAAAAACAUUUUAUAAAAACACCAUUAUUGCAAUACUUAUAUUGUUUUGCUUUAAAUAGAAGUAAUAAACCUGAGUAUAAACUAAAAGCAGAGCAAGUAAUAGAAUUUUCAUUGGAUAAUAAUGAAGGAUGUACACCUGAUUUAAUUUGCCUGUAUGGUCGUAUUUAUAAAGACAAAUUUGUGGAGUCUAAUUUUAAAGACAAAAAUGCCCUUCAAUAUGCUAUUUAUUGGUAUCGAAAAGGUUAUGAAAUUCAACCAAAUCUUCAUGCUGGUGUUAAUUUAACAACAUUAUUACUAGUUUCUGGGAAUGAAUUUUCCAAGUCUAAAGAACUUCAAAAUAUUGAUAUAUUUUUAAAUAAUUUGAUUGGCAAAAGCGGAAGUUUAACAUCUCUUGAUGACUACUGGACUAUUGCAACAUAUUUUGAAAUGAAUGUGCAAACAGAAAACUAUGGUAAAGCCAUUAAAGCUGCUGAAUGUAUGUUCAAACUAAAACCUUCAAUUUGGUGCUAUAAAUCAACAAUUGGGAAUGUUAAACUAAUUUUUGAGCUUAGAAAAAAAAGUGAAAAAAUAAAUGUUCAUGAAAAAUACUUUAAGUGUUGGAUGGAAUAUUUUAUAGAUGCGACAAAACAAAAAAUUGACAGUGACAUUUACAGUUUUCCUGUCAUAGUUUUAGAACCAUCAAAAGUUUAUGUGCCAAGCUAUGUUAAAGUGAACCUUGAAGUUGAAAAUAAAUCUAUUUCUCUACACAAACAAUGUAUAACAUGUACUUCAAAAGAUUGUAAUCAAAUACAUAAUUGGGUAUUCCUUGGUAGUGCGAUUAGGAGUGUAAGUUUUUGCAAAAUAGAUGAAAGGUGUUUAUUUUUAUGUGUUAACAUAAAUUAUGAUAGUUUCCAAUUAUAUUUCCCAUCAUCUCUUCAUCGUCAAAGAUUUUAUGAUCUUGUAAAAAAAAUAAGUGAUUGUAAUAAAGUGAUAACAACUAACUUGGAUGAAGCUUUGUUACCAACUAAUUUUGUAUAUGAGCUUAAUGUUGAUAAGAGUAAAAAAAUUCUUGGUUGUGGAACAUAUGGAAUUGUUUAUGCAGCUAUUGAUUGCAACACAAAAAAGCAAAUUGCGGUUAAGGAAAUACAAGCAUUUCAUAUUGAUGAUGUUUGGAAACUUCAUGAAGAAAUAAAUCUUCAUUCUCAACUGAAUCACCGAAACAUUGUACAGUAUUUAGGAUCGACAUCUGAAGAUGGUAUUUUUAAAAUAAUUAUGGAACAAGUACCAGAAAGUCUUUCUACCUUAUUACGCUUAAAAUGGGGACCAUUAAAAAAAAACGAGCCUGUUAUUUCAUUUUAUACUAAACAAGUUCUUGAAGGAUUGAAAUAUUUACACGAUCAAAAUAUUAUACACCGUGAUAUUAAAGGGGAUAAUAUCCUGAUUAAUACCUUUUCUGGUGUGGCAAAAAUAUGUGACUUUGGAAUAUCUAAACGUCUUUUUGAAUUGUGUCCCACUACUAGAAGUUUUACAGGCACAUUGCGUUUUAUGGCUCCUGAAGUGAUGAACUGUGGAUCAACGGGUUAUGGCACACCAGCUGACAUAUGGUCAUUAGGUUGUACAGUUGUAGAAAUGGCGACAGGUAAAGUACCUUAUAUAGAACUUGGAGCAGCGGCUACUUAUUAUACUAUUGGUCAUUAUAAGAAUAAACCAAAUAUACCUGUUGAAUUGAGUGAACAAGCAUAUCGUUUUAUACUUCGGUGUUUUAAUCCUAAUCAUAAAAAGCGAGCAACAGCUACUGAUUUAUUAAAAGAUAUUUUUAUUAAUAAAGAGAAUAUAAUUUAAAGCAAUCUCAAUUCUUCAGUUUUAUCUAUACCAGUAAGUAUAAAUAGGUACGAAAAUUAUUUAAGAACAUAUAAGUUAAUAUUUAAUUAUAUCAGUUUUAUGUAUAUCUUGUUAAUUAUUAAUUUAUAUUAUUUAACAUUUAAAAAUAUCAAAAUAAAUUGAAUCUAUUGGCAUUAUAUAUCAUAUAAAUGCUAAAAUUGUAAAUUAUAUUUAUAAAUAGAAACUUUUUAAUUAAUAAUAUUUGUGUUUAGGGGGAAUUUUUUUAUUUAUCCACUGAUUCCAGUGACCUAUCCAUGUAUUGUUUAAUUAUCACAAGAUUUUUAAUCUACAUCAAGGGUUGGCAAUAAAUGGCUCGCGGUCUGAUUCCGAAUUAAUCUUAGAAAGAUAAAUGGACUACCAAAAAUCUUUUUCUGUAGUUCUGGUUUUCCGCACAUUAUAAUUUAAAAGAUAUUUGAUCUAUUUUUAUUAUACUAAAAGUAAAGAAUUUAAUAAUUUUCCAACAAUACUUGAACAUAAAAAUAAUUCCGAUACAGACUAUAGAGUGCUUGUAUUUUUAAGUUCUUUGUCAGAAUUGGUGAAGAAUUUUGUAGGUAACAGAUUCAAAGACUUUAUAGAGAAUGAAAAACUGUUGUUAUUUUUAAAAUAUUCUUUUGAAGUUUCUCUAAUGGGAUAAUGGAUUAAUAUAGCUACUAAGUAGCUCAGACUUCUAAAAUCUUCACUGUGAAUUGAAAUUAUUGACUUACAAAAAGAUAUUUCAAUUGAGAAUAAACAAAACAGUACCUAUCUUCUUUUUUUAUUGAACUUUUUUGGGUAAUUGGGCUGAACGUGUUUUAAAUAAGUUCAUGAAUUGUAAACACUGGUCAUAGAAUUAGCUUAACCUUUGCUAACAAAGGUAUAGCACAUUUUUAUACAAUUUUUUUUUCAAAAUUUGAAAAGGUGAAGAAAAUGUGAAAUUUGAAGACAAAUAAGUUGUUCUUGUUCUACAGAUUAAACAUACGCGCAUUUUUAUCUAUAGUUGUACACAGGGCCAAAUAUAGGGUAAAUAAUAAAUAUUGGCCCAGAAGUAAUCAAUAAUAACCUAACCUAUAGUUAUAUAUUUUAAUACUUUAUAUUAUGUAAAUUCUGCAGACUCACAAUGUAUGAAUUGAAGUACUCGUAUUUAAAUAUAUCUACUAAAGAAACUAUAAUUAAUGAGUUAAUUUCUUAAAAAAAUAAAAAUGGUAUGUAUUAUAAUAUGUUUCUAUAAGUAUGUAUUAUUAUUUAUUACAACAUAUUCAUAUGCUUCAUAUUUUAUAUUAAAGCAUUAUUUUAAUAAGCACUAAGCAGAUAAUAAACUAACGAUGUAUUGACGUGUUGUUGUUCUUAUUUUUACCGCGUUUGUUCUUAAUUAAAAUCGUGUACAUUUGUCAUGAAAAUCGUGUUGUUUGCUUCAAUGAAAACAUAAUUUUAAAUUUUGUGCAAAAGGAAAAAAAUAAUACUCUUGACCAACGAACCGAAAAUAAGUAACCAUUGCUGCAAUGCUGCAGUAUUGAACUUUUUGAACUCAAUUAUUUUAUAAUAUUCUAAACUAUAUUAAAUUUUAAGUACCUCAGUACCUGUACAGUGUACAAUGUACACAAAAAUAAAGUACCUAUAUUAUAAUAAUAUGUUUAAAAUGUAAACGAAAUUUCAUAAUUAAUUUUCUUUUAAGUAUUUCUUGAAUUUUGUGUGGAAACAGCUUCAAACAAUUAAUUUGGUAUUCACCUCGUGUACUUAAUUUUAAUGAGAAAGUAUCACAUAAUUAUAUAUAUUGAAUAUUUAUAGGUAUCAAAUUAUAAUUUUACAGUCAAAAUAUAAACAAUUUAAAUAACAUAAAUAUAAAAUCUAAAAUGUAAGUUAUUCAUAAUGUCAACCAUUUUGAAAUUUGUUAUUAUUCAAAAAAUCUGUACUUAGCAUAUAUCUUUUAUGUGGCGUGUAAAGUUAUUAUAAAUACUUACACAGUAUACACAGACACGGUUAAUUCGAAUCGUUAAGGAUCUAAAUAAAUGAAUAAAUAUGAAGAUUGAUACACACUUGAGUUAUUAUUAAGUUCUUCAGUCUUGGUCUCCAUUAGUAUUGUUUUGAAUAUGUACAUGAUUAAACACGCUGGCUGGUGAAGUAUACAAAAUCAUAUUAGACUUUGAAAGUUCCCCCAAGUUUAAUGUUUAUACCAGCCAACGUGAAAGGUUGAUGCAUCGCAUUGCAACCAAAUGUCUAAUUUACGAGGUAUUCGCUAAUAUCAUGCAAUAUUAAAGUGACCGUGAAUAACGUGUGUCGUGUUUCGUGUUGACAAGCUCUUACAACUAAGUAAAACUAACGCAGUCGGGUGAAAACGCAUUUUGAACCAACUUUUUAAGUUUAAACAGACGGAGUAGCAACUAAUUAGCGUAUUCCAUAUUGAUGAUGACAUUCUAAAGAGUGACAUGCCCCAUGCCCGCGAUUAUAAAAAAAAAACAUAACAUAACAUAUAACAUAUAUAACAUUUAUAUAUACCUAUUGAAUACAAUUAUAAAUAACGCAGUAACAAUUUAUUCCCACGGUACCAAUACAGGUAAUAACUCGUUUAUCUUUUUCUUAUACAUCUAAUCUGUCUAAAAUAGAAUGCAAACACGCAAGUCGAUGUUAGUCUAGUAUAAUUUUUUAAUAAUUAUAUUACUAUAGUUUCAAUAAUAACAACGGUUGACUAUUUUGUCUAUUCUUUCGCUAUCCCGUAAACUUCCCAAUUAUUUAUAUUAUGGGGAAUUCUAUAGUGAAGAGAACAGUUUUUCGCGGGUCCUGGUGGAGGAUCAAGACGUUCGAGGAUGGUGAACGUCGCGUUUAACACAGAUAUUUUUUUUUCCGAAAACAUCACAGAUGUAAAAUAAUGAUUAUUUAUACAAUUAGUCCAGUCAUUUAACGAUUUUUACUGGAAUUAAGUAGGAAAAUUUAGAAAAUUUGCAGAAAGGUUAGUUGUGGGUUAGUUAUUGACCAAAAAAAAGGAAAGCUGCCCGAGAGUGUUUAAAAAAAAAUUGGAUUAUUAAAUUGAAUUAAUAUGUUUUAAAACAUAUACAUAUAGCUUAUAUAUAUUAAUGGGGGUAAGGAAAGUUAAAUAUUUUUUAUUUUUCACCAGACCAAUUUUUUCAUUGCCAUACCUUAUUUAUGUGGGUUAAAUUUGGUGAUGAUUAAUAACCCCCUUCAGGUGCCGCAAAAGGGUUGAAUAUUGAUAAAUAGGGUAGUAAUAGGGUUUUUCUGAUUUAAUUCAAAAUAUAUUACAUUAGGCAUAAAAUUAUAUAAAAUCUAAAUUGUAGAUUUAGAUAUCAUUUAUAAAUAAUGUUCUUAUAAUAAUAAUAUGUGAUAUAAUAACGUCCUUAAUAUUGAUUCGUAAGAGAUCGCUGUUGGCUAGUAUAAUUUUCUAAUUAUUAUAUUACUAUAGUUUCAAUAAUAAGAACGGUUAUCUAUUCUGUCUAUUCAUUACUUAUAGUGAAUAUCUCAUAAUAAACUCUUAAUUAUUUCUCAUUGUUAUUCGGCGAUGGGGAAUUCUAUCGUGAGGAAAGCAGUAUUUCGCGGUUCCUGAAGUCCAAAGCAUUCGAGGACAGUGGCCGCGACUUGUCUCUAGUACAACACGGCGUCUUACCAGUGGGAAGUGUAAAAAUGAUAUUUAGCCAAUGUAUCCACUAAGACUCUAGAUGAAUUAACAGUGCCUAUGGAUAAUCAGUAUGUUCUUACUGCUGUUGAAACUCCAACAUUCAUACCUUAUGUAGAUGUUUGUAGAAGUGGAGCUCGAAUAAGGGAAUUUUGAAUAGACAUUGGAUUUUUUGCCGCUGUUUUACUAUGUCAAAGUCGUGGAUCAUCAAUUCCAAUCUACAUAAAAUACGCAUAAAAAUAAUUUAAUAGUUUUUUUUUAUAUAAUAUAUUUUUUACUUUACAUACAUUUGAAAUAAUAUUAAAUUUGUUUAUCGUAAGAGGAAUUUUAGAGUAGUCACGUACAGACACUUCGCACGGUAACAUAAAAUAUUUAAAUUUUUUUUUCUCUUGUAUCUUCUCCAAGACAAUGUUCUUUAAAUUCUUUAGGUUGUAAUAACGCAAAAAUAAAAGAAAUGGAAAAUAAAGAAAUUAAAAAUAAGAAUAAUUAGGAAAGGUAAAAAUAUUAAUAUAUUAAUUAAUAUUUUUAUUUAUGAAAGUGAUUGUUUUGUUUUAUGUGAAGUAGUUUAAAUAAAUUGUAUUGGCAAUCACAAGGGACACAAGCCUUGAAUGAUUGCCUCAAAUAUAUUUAUAAAUUAUUACCUAUUUAUUAAUUAUAAAGUGUUCUAAAUAAAUUGUAGGACAUUCACAAGGGACACAAGCCUUGAAUGAAUGCCUCAAAUAUAUUUAGAAGUUAUCAGAGAUUUGUCGAUUAUCUUAGCCUAUGUCCUAUCACUUUAAAUUUGCGAAAUCACCUUCCUCCUGAUGGUCGGAGGGUUCUCGAGGUCGUGCUUCGAGAACGAUCAAGUAAACUCUAUAAUACUAUUAUUAUUUAAAUAUGGAUGCGCAUGCACCUUACCUUAUCCGCAGCUGUCUAUGAUUGCAGUCGACGUGACAAGGAUAGAAUUUAUUAAUUUUUUUAACACUCAAAAAGAAAUAACUAAACAGUGGUAAACACUUCAACAAAUUUCGUCUUAGAAAAAGGAAACAGUAAAGUUGUCGUAGGCAAUAUCUUUUGAGUGGUCUUGUGUAAGUAUGCUGUGCUCCUGCACUUGUCUGGUUGAGAGGUGCUCGUGCACUUGUGUUUUUUUGGAUGUGCUCAUGCACUUACCGCUAUGAAGGGUGCUCAUGCACUGGUGAGAGGAGACGAUUUAGGUCAGGCCCGCCAGAGUCAUCGGCGGCCCGAUCAAAGGUGUCGGUGUCCCCAAAGAAAAUUGUCUUUCUCCCUGGUGAAAGCGACCUUGACCGGACCAUCCCCUGUCUCCGGCGGCACAUGAAAGAAAUCGCAUGUGUUGCGCCGUACCGUUAUAAUCCCGUACAGUGUCCUGUAUGUGAUUAGAUAAUAGGAAUCGUUCCAAUCAUCAGUGACUUGAUUUAUUGGGGUUUUUUAGAGUAUAUUACAUGCGUGCGACAACUCGACCGUUAUUUAUUUUAUUAAAUAAAAAUAACGACUUUACAAAAAUCAUGAUAUGUAAAAUCGAGCAUAUCAUUACAUCCACCCUACGCUUUUUUGUGUUGUGCCCUCACAACACCACUCGUGGUAGAGUGUCAGCGUGAUACAAUAAUUGAGAUUUUAGAGAAAGAGAAAAAAUUAAAAUUCAAAAGUUAAAAGUUUAAAAGUUGGAAUAUAAAGCAAACGGGUAAUAUUUUAUUUUUGUUUUAUACAAAAUUAAAGGGUUAAUGAUAAUAUGAUUAGAGCUUGUACAUGUAAUAUUGGAAUAGUGUGAGUGCAAAUUUGAGGCUUGAGUUUUCUUCCACUCCUAUUCCAAUAUUGCUCUAAUUGUGUUAAUU